CCAAUCAAAUGGCUGAAGAAAUCGAUGAUAACGGUUUUUAUCGUGAAGAUUUUAGUGCCGAAUCUGAUUGGGAGGUAUUCAAUGCCCAGCUGUGUGAUUUAUUUCAACGAUGGGAGCUUUCCAGCUCGAGUGGCUGGGGCGGUGCAUUUGAUGUGAACAGUGCCCAAUGGGCAAUUGAGGAGGAACAAUUGGAGGUAGUAGGUAAACAAAUGACUGUAAAAUACUACAAGGCAUUGCUAAAACCGAAUGCCAAAGACGCUAAUUUGUCGGCGGAUAAUGAGAGGCCACCAUUCCAUGAAGAUCUAAUGCGAGUGGAGAGCACAUUGGCUCAACCCACUUUUUUGGAUGAGAAAGCUAAUGAUGUGCAUUAUUUGGCCCGCAUGUAUGGUCUGCGGCGAUUUGUGGUCAUGCAUCCGACACAAUUGCAGAAUCACUACCUAACAAAAACCUCCCGGUUUAGUUUCUUCCUGAGUUCCAUAUCGGUUGUGGCUGCCGAAGUGUGUUCUGCAGUUCCCAUUUUCCUGCAUAUACACGACCCAAAAUGGAAUUUCUUUUUGGGUGUGGGUAUGUCCUCGUAUAUGCGCACAAAUUUCCAUUCCGUGGCCUUGGAACAGGCACCCUCCGAAUAUUUAUAUCUAUCGGGCUUGGUAAAAAUGUUCAAAGAAAAGUUGCCCAGAAAUCAUGAUAAACCUGCUGUGGUCUCGGUGCGUAAUACCUAUGCCAUGGAUACGGUGAAGUUACGUGUACCCAUGUACGUUCCCUUUGGCAUGACCCCGCAGGUGGAUGAGGAACGUUCGGUAAUAGAUGUUUCGUAUUUCACGGCAUUGCCACAUGGCUAUUUUCCCGGUUCGAAUACCACAAUGUUUGCCACAUUUACAUGGCCUGAAUUGAUGGAUAAUAUGUUUAUAGACUCACCGCUGCAAACACAAUUUAUACCAUCGAAGGCUCCAUGUGGCACCCUAUAUCAAACGGUACAUGCCAAUUCGUAUUUAACUGCCUGUCUAAAGGAUUACUACAAUUUAAUAACGGCCAAAAAUACGCUGGAGUCAUAUGUGGGACGUAAUUUCUCCGGUGCCACAGCAAUGGCUGAGGAACGCAAUCCCUUGGAUCAAUUGGGUAAAAUCGGGGCAACACAUCAUCGACAACAGUAUGUUGAGAGCACCACCACAUCUGGGGGACAAAACAAAUUACCCGGACCCAUGAAGGAAUAUGAAUUGAAUCCAAUGUUGUAUUAUUUAUUUCCGAAUAUAAGACCGGAUAUGGCAUUGUUCCCCUAUGAGCGAUUGAGUAAGGAUAAGAUCGAUCCCCAUCGCAUUAAAUCGGCCGAGUCUGAUUCUUUGGUAUAUCGCCUCAGUUGCCUCUUGGCCACUGUCCAUGCCCAUUUUGGUGGUAAAAGUGGUCUCGCCCAAUUGUAUGCCGCAUUUACGCGUGAAUUACGCCAACUUUGGGAGUCAUGCACUCUUAUACCGGGAGUUGCUCCUGGCCUACCCGAUACUCGAACUUGUUUGCUGCAUCAAAAGCUGCAAAUGCUUAAUGUAUGCAUUGAGAAACGAUUACAGCGUGAAAAGGGCAUUAAAACGGAAAUGGCCAUGCCUCAGGAUACAAUCGUCAUAACAGACGAUGAAGAGGAUGACGAUGCUGAGGACACCGAUGAAGAGUUUUAUGAUCUGACCGAUGAUGGAGAUGAUGCAGCAGCAGAUGGCAACGAUAAUGAUGAGCCAAAGGAUAAAGAGGAAAAAACAUCAAAGCAUCCGUUUAAAGCGGAAGGCCGUUUGAAACGUUUAAACAAUUUAAAACUUAUCAAUGGUGAGGAUUAUUUAUAUGUUCCGAUUACACAGGAUUUGGCACCUAAAACCGAAGAUCAGCUACAGGAUGCCUCGGAUGUAAUGUUGAAAAUGGGUUCGGAUUCUGAAUUCAUAACCGAUUUAAUGUGUUCCACUGUGGUCUCCGAUGCCGAGGCAUUUAAGGCUGCCAAUCCCAAGGCUCAAUUUGAGGAUUUUAUACGUUGGUUCAGUCCCAACGAUUGGGAAGAGUUUGUGGAUGAGGAUUCCAAGGAAACUCGGCAUAAAUUAAGUGCCCGCAUGCAGGCUCCCGGUAAUACGUGGCAAAAGGUGUGGGAGCAGGCCAAACCGGUACCAGCAUCACGUCAGAAACGUUUAUUCGAUGACACCCAAGAAGGCUAUAAAAUUCUCAACUAUUUGGAGUCCCGUAAUUUGGGAGAAAUAUUUGGCCUUACCAUUGUACCACUGUUGCAUAGUUCCAUACUGAAAUUGAAGGACAUCUUUGCCAAUUCCAAAGUCUUGGAAUUAUUCAAUGAGUGCUUGGAUGAAAUUCUGGCCGAUCUAAGUCGUUUUUCACGUGAUCUGCCGAAUCCUCAGCCCCUCCUGAAGAAAAUCGAAAAAUUGGAAAGAGAUUUCUACCAUUAUAUAUGUUUUGAAUAUUUACCGGGCAUACGUAAUUUGCCUCGAGAAAAAUUACAUUCGAAAUUCCGUGAAAUAUUACAAAAUAAUGGCAGCUGUAAUAUUGUUAGUAAAUCGGAUGAUCAAAAUGUGUUGGAAUUUUCCUUGCAAUCGCUAUUCAAAGAUGAUAUGCGUGAUAAGCUGUUGAGUAAAGAUUACAUUAUACAUUUGGAUGGGGGGAAGGAGAAAUCAUCAGCUGGCGUAUCCAAUGCCAUUAUGCCGCAAUUUUUACGUGCAAUUGUGACGGGUGAAAAAUUGCGUUUGUGUGGUGCCUUCACGGAAAAUACCACAUUUUUGGAAUGA